GUUAUCAGCCGUAGAAGAGAGUGUGGAAAUCAUGGAUAUAUAUAUAUAUAUUUAUUGGUCCUUUGAUUACAAACGCAAAGGAAGUGUAAUCGGAAGAACUUAGAAGGAGUAUAUAUAAAUUACAAAAGGAAUUUUAUUAGAUAUAUGGUGGUAAACAAAUAAGGAUACGCGAAAUGUUUUGAAUUCGGAAUUAUUCAAUAUGCGUAUUCAGAGAAAGUGGGGUCGAAUGUUAAAAAAUAAUUGGAAAAGAUUACGACGGAGGCGAUUGUUGAUUAUAUUUGGUGCAAUAGUACUUGCUUUAAUGUUUUUUGUCAGGAAAAAAAAAUCGAGUGACACAUAUUGUGAACCCAUCGACGUAGUUUAUACUUGGGUUAAUGGAUCCGAUCCUAUGUUUACUGAUUCAGCAAGGCGUUAUAAUCCUAAUUAUGAUCCGGCAAGGUUCGAUGACAAAAAUGAGCUUCGCUAUUCAUUGCGAUCCCUAGAAAUGUAUGCACCUUGGGUACGGCAUGUUUACAUCGUAACUAAUGGACAAAUUCCAUAUUGGCUAGAUCUUAGUUUUGAAAAGGUUACGGUCGUUCCGCACGAACUACUUACUACAAAACCAGAACUCCUACCAACAUUUUCAAGCUCUGCUAUUGAAACUUUCAUUCAUCGUAUACCGCAUCUCUCUCAACGUUUUCUCUAUUUAAAUGACGACAUUUUUCUUGGUGCCCCAUUGUACCCAGAAGACCUUUAUACUAACUCAGAAGGUGUGCGCAUUUAUCAAGCUUGGAUGGUGCCCGAUUGUGCGGAAGACUGCCCUUGGACAUACAUCGGUGAUGGGGCAUGCGACCGUCAUUGUAAUAUUGCCAAAUGCCAAUAUGACGGAGGCGAUUGUAACACAUUCGGAUCAGACAGAAGUGAAGAAAAUAUGAUGGAGCAGCAGAUUGAUGUAAAUAAGAAUGUAAAAUUAAUUCCCCAAUCGCUUUUAAACUCAACAACGCACAUAGAAAUAAGACAUUUUCCUUUACGAAAAAGGUUUCGUAACAGAAAAUAUUCUGCUCAACGCAACGGCUUACACUUCCGAGAACUAGUAUUACAUAAAAAUCUGAGUACUCUUGCAGAACUUAGACGUAUUGUCGACAACUAUAAUAGUCAACUUAAGUCAAAUAGUCACGCCAAUGACCCAGUACUAUCAACCGACACUUUACAAAAAAAUAUGGUACGAUUGGAAAAAAGCGUAGAGAAAACAUCGAAAAAUGAAUCAAGUAAAGAUAUAUAUUCUCAUUCGUUAAUAUAUACGAACAUGUUGUUGAAUCGUUUCUAUGGAUUCAAAGCUCGUAACGUGCUAGCGCAUGUUGGAUUCUUGCUUGAUCGUAAUAUAAUAUAUGCCAUGCAGCAAAAAUUUUUAACAGAGGUAGACGUUACUUUGUCUAAUCGGUUUCGCUCAACAAAUGACUUACAAUUUGCUUUUAUAUAUUACUCGUUUCUUAUGAGUGAAACAACAACUCUAACAGUAGGUGAAGUGUUUGACGAGUUCGAUACUGACGACUCGCACACAUGGUCAGAUCGUGAGGUGCGAACUUUUUUGGCACGUAUGUAUCCUCUUCCACUGGACUGGUCAGCAGUUCGAUUCUUCGAAGAAGUUGUAAGCAACUGCUCACGCGAUCUAGAUAUGGCUUCACAUAAAAUACAUAAUGAAUAUACAACUUUGGUGUAUGAACGUUACGAAGAUUCAACAGUGCCGACUAUAACACGAGAGUUGGUCGAACAAUGUCGUUUGCUGGCGGAAGCCUUAGAAACAAAUUUCGCUACCCGAAGUAAAUACAAAUUUAACAUAAUUCCAAAAAGAGCUAUCCAUAACAAUUUUAUGAUGUUAACAUCUAACAUCACCGAUGUUGUAGAUGGGUUUGACAAAAUACGACGAAACCCACGAAAAUUCAACUGCAUUAAUGAUAAUUUGGAGCCGCUACUAGUCGAAGAUAAUGAACUGAUCCGUCACUUGUUAGAAGACUUCUAUCUUUCCUUUUUUCCUCGCCGAAGUAGUUUUGAAUUACAAUUUGAAUACAGAAAUCGUUUCACUACCUGGCACGAUUACCAAAGAUGGCGUAGACGUAAGCGUGCAGCUCUUGUGGUGGGUUAUGCAGCUAGUGUUAUACUUAUUCUAUUUAUUGUAAGAUACAUAUGCAUACACAAAACAAAGUUUGUGCGACGAUAUGUGCAAAGUCUAUAAAUAUGUUUAGUAUUAUUUGAUAUAAGGAGAAAAUGUACUUAUUGCUUAAAAAAAGAUAAAAUGAACGAUGAUCUAAACAAAAGCUUAAAGAAAAUCCUUUAUGUCUAAAA